AGCACAAGGAGGGCCUUCGCGCAUUACUCCCCUACGGAGAUCACACGAAGAAGAAUCGUCGUCAGCGGCAGCCGCUCGCGGUGAAAGAAAUAAGAAUACAAAACAAGAAAGAUCAGGAUAAAACGAGAUGGGCAAGCCAAACAAGAGCCGCAAGAAGGCCGCGGUAAAACCCCUACGGCAGCGCCCCGCCGAGCACCACGAAGGCGGGUGCGAGAGCGUCAACGUGCUGCCCAUCGGCAUUCGCAGCGACAGCAACGCGGCGGCGAAUCUGGCAGCGUCGCUACCGCCGUGCGUACAGCAGCUGCGGGAGUCGACGGAGUACGCCGUGCUGGAAGACGCGUGCAGCGACGUUGCUCUCUUUGCCCUGCAAGCGAAGCGCAACGAGGCUUUUCUUCGCGAAGGGGUGCCACAGCGACUGACGCAGCUGCUGCUCUUUACUCCGCCGUACGCCGCGGAAGCCACAACUGAGGAGGGGAACACCGACAACAGGGGAAAGGGCGAAGAGGCGGGAGAUGGUACUCCGCAACUGCGCAAGGACAUCCUGUAUGUGCAACUCGCCGCCGCUGAUGCGCUGCGCAGCCUCGUCACGAACAGCGAACAAGACCGCGUCGUGGACGCGUUGACGGGCAUCGGUGUGGUCGACCCUGUCUCCGGCUUGAGCUUCGCGGAAGGCUUGGCGGCGCUGGUGCGGGAGGACUGGUCACGGGUGCAGGAGGCGCGUCGUCGCAUGACGCCGAAUGAUUGGAUGGAGGUCUUUCUCGAGGAGAACGAUGCGGGUGGGGACGACGCGGCGGACGGCGCAGCAGCACAGCUCCAUCCACAUGAACAGCAGCCGCAGCAACAACACGAACUAGCUCGGCGGAGACGUGGUGCUGGCAACACGCGGAACAUUUACUUCACCCUUCUCCGCCACCUGGAGGAGGUGCUGGCGCUGGCGGGGGUGUGCGUUGAGGCGAACGAGGUCUGCGCUGCUACCUUCUCCGACGCCUCCGUGCUGUGCCUGCUGCUCGAUGUGCUGCGCGUGGCCACCACCACCACCUGGGAGACCCUUCUCCAUCCGUCAGCGCGGUACUUCGCGGACGACACGGAAGGUGUCGCGACCAGCGCCACCGCCGCCACGACGACGACGGCGACGGCGAGCGAUGCGGUGCUGGCAAUGCGUGCGUACAAGCGCCGCGAGGCCGCUCUUCUGGCGUCGCUCGCGGUCUCCACCUCCGAGGUGCUGCUCCUCCUCAGCCCAGAGAACCCGUCGCUCACGCACCUCCUGACGACGGCGGUGGAAUCGGCGCCGUCCGCAUCGUCGUCAUCCUCGACGUCCUCUGCCGCCGCCUCACCGGGCGUGACAGCGGAGCAGCGCAGCUUCCUGCGGACGGCGGUGGAUGCGGUAGACUUGCGGGCCUGGUUAGCCGAGAAGCCUCCAGCGGAGGUGCAGCUGCAGGAGCGGUUCAGUGAUGCAGCCCUUCCCGGUUUUGUUGGCCCGCUGCACACCCCCGUGGCGCUCGAGCGGGAGCGUGUGCUGUACACGUUACUGCGAGUGACGUUGUCGAUGCAGGGCAUGCUGCUGCACGUCGCCCCGGUGACCGCAAACGUGCAGCGGGUCCUGCCGUUGCUGUGCGACGCGCUGUUGAAGGUCUCGCUGCCGAUGCACGUCUGGUGUGGGUUGCUGCCCAUCUUGAUGGAUACCUGCGAGGUCGGUGACGAGGAGCUGCGGAGUGCGGUGACGCUGCUGGCGAUGCAGCGUCUGCGCAGCACGCAGUCCGCGGUGCGGCUCCUGCACGUCGUAGCAAACGUGGUGGGCGAGCAGAGCGAUGCGCGACGGAGUGCGGAGCAGGACGACGAGGCCGCCUUUGCCGCCAACCCGCUGACCACCCUCCUGCAGUCCAGCAGCGUCUUCUACGCCUUUGGCUUGUUGCUGAAGGACGUGUUGUGGAUAUCGCAGAGGGACGGCGGGGAAGGCAGCAGCGGCGGCACGGAUGUUGUCACCCAGCAAGCCCAGCAGCGCGCCCUGCGUGCGGAGGCGGCGUCGAACGCGGCCGCGACGGAGCUGCAGAUGGUGCUGCUCUCCACCGAGGUCAACGUGUGGGAAGUUGCGAGUACGCUGCUGCUGAUGCUGCCGGUGGCAAGUCUCGGCGACCCAUCUCGGACCUGGCGGGCGCUGAUGCUGGCGGUCCAACACCGCUACGAGCUGCACCUCAACGCUGCGGCGGCAGCGGCGGCCUUCACAGCAGCCGAGCAGCGUCAUCAACAGGAACAAAUGGAUCGCACGAUGCCGGCAAACAUUGCUCAGCACUCUGCCAACGCCCAUCAGCUCAUCUGGCUGCAGUUGGAGUCGCUGGGGCAGAUGCUUUGGACGAUGCAGCGCAAGCAAAGCAAGGCCUACAGUGGCGACGGCCUCGUCGUAGCCGCAACAGCAGCCGCGUCGCACAACGACGUGCAGGCGACGGCGGCCGACGUCGAUGUGCUCGUGCGAAUUUCAUGGGAAUCGGCCGCAAGUGCCUCUUUAAAGCAAGCUUGCGUCGGUGCGGUCGGACUGCUCUGUGCGUCGAUGCAGGAGCCGGAAGCCGUCGCCACGGCCACCCGCUUCGCCCUCGCUGUUGUCGCGAACGGCGGACCGUCUGUGACCUUCCACAGGAAACUGAUGGAGGCGUUCAAUGGGCUCGUCGCGGCGAACGUGCCGGUCGAUGCGGCAGCGCGACGCCAGUGGAUGCAGCAGCUCUCCGUGGUGGACGCCGCGGCGACAGUGCGCAGCGAGGCAGCGAACACGCUCGUCGACCUCUUCCUUGACGAACGCUACGACGCGGCGGUGUACUGGCCGUUUGGGGUGCAGGAGAGUCUGAAGAACUUUGCGCUGCAGCUGGCGGCGUACGUGCGGCGGCGUGCGCAGCUGGACGCGGCGACGCAGCGAAAGUUGGGUGUCUCGAUGGCGACGCCGGAGGCGGAGCAGUGGGCGGAGCUGCUGGAAAACCUGGACGGCUUCCUCGACUACAAGGCGCGCCACAAGCGGUAA